AUGGGAAUCAACAACCCUCUCCCUGCAUCUCUGAAAUCGGAGUGUAGGAAGUGCGGCAAGAUCCUCACUUCAUUUGUCAACCCGCGACAAGCCUUUGGCCCCGACAAAGUUAUUCCGCCGUCAAUCCUGUCCAAUGCGAAAGGCUUCGCCAUCAUCACUAUUCUGAAGGCUGGUUUUCUAGGGUCUGGCCGUGUUGGCAGUGGUCUUGUUGUCGCUCGCCUUGCUGACGGGUCAUGGAGUGCUCCCAGUGCUAUUGCAGCGGCUGGAGGUGGCUUUGGAGGCCAAAUCGGCUUUGAACUGACCGACUUCGUCUUCGUACUCAACGAUGCAAGUGCCGUCAAGACGUUUGCGCAGAUGGGGUCCAUCACACUGGGCGGAAACGUAUCACUCGCCGCGGGCCCGGUAGGUCGCAACGCCGAAGCUGCUGGUGCUGCGUCUCUCAAGAGCGUGGGGGGUAUUUUCAGUUACUCCAAGACCAAGGGCUUAUUCGCUGGCGUCUCGCUCGAAGGGAUGGCCAUUAUUGAGCGCCGCGACGCAAACGAGAAGCUGUAUGGGACCAGAUUCACGGCCCAACAGCUGCUGAGCGGGGCUGUUCCUCCUCCACCCGCGGCCGACUCCCUCAUGUCUGUUCUGAACUCCAGAGUGUUUAGCGGCAUGCGAGCUGGCUCCGUAACUGACGACGCCAUGUACAACGAUAUGCCCGUGUACGAAGAUCGCCAUGACGAUGUGGUAUGGGAGGGACGCAGAGGAGAUGCCUAUGGCCAGGGAGUUCAGCGAGAUCGCACAGGAUCCGGGCUUGGACAAGGUGAAUUCGGCAGACCAAGUCGAUCCAGCACGUGGAAGGACGACGUUUACGACCGACAAGAUUUCAACCCACCGUCACGAUCGAAUACAUUCGCAUCGGGGCAAGGAUACAACGAUUCAAAUGGUGGGGCCAACGAGAAGAGGGUUGGCCCAGGCAGGCCUACAGCCCCGAAGCCCAAGUUCGGUGCCGAUAAGGAAGCCUCUUUGAAGCAGAACGAAGCUAUCGCGGUGUUCAACUUUGACGCAGACCAGCCUGGAGAUUUAGGAUUCAAGAAGGGUGAAAUCAUCACUGUGUUGAAGAAGACUGACAGCGACAACGAUUGGUGGACUGGCAUGAUUGGGACGAGACAUGGCAUAUUCCCCAGCAACUAUGUCAAGAUGAAGUGA